AUGGUACUUGCCCGCGUGGCCAACUUCCUCACAAACGGAGACUCUACCACCAACCUGACCGACGGUAGCCGGAGAAAUGUCGCAAGCACAGCACACGCAGUGGAACUUCCCAUGGAGGAUACCAAGCGGGGAGCAAUGGACGACGAGAUAGAUGAGGAAGCAGCGCGGCCGCCAUACCUACAUGCAAUGCUGGCAGGAGGAAUAGGAGGAACGACGGGUGACAUGUUGAUGCAUUCACUGGACACUGUCAAGACGCGACAGCAGGGCGACCCGCACAUGCCUCCAAAGUACACAUCCAUGGGCAACACAUAUUACACCAUAUGGCGGCAAGAAGGCUUUCGGAAGGGCUUAUAUGGCGGGGUUCAGCCAGCGUUCCUCGGGUCUUUUGCAGGCACAGUGUGCUUCUUUGGGGCUUAUGAGUGGACAAAGCGAACCAUGAUUGACUAUGGGGUUGCGCCUUCGGUCGCAUACUUCUCAGCCGGUCUCCUCGCCGACCUCGCUGCUGCACCCGCAUACGUUCCAUCCGAAGUCCUCAAGACACGUCUGCAAUUACAGGGCCGCUACAACAACCCCUACUUCAACUCAGGCUACAACUACCGCGGCACCGUUGACGCUGCCCGAACAAUAGCUAGGACUGAAGGUUACAGCGCCCUUUUCCAUGGCUACAAGGCAACGCUCUGGCGUGAUCUGCCUUUCUCAGCAUUACAAUUUGCCUUUUACGAGGAAGAGCGGGAUUGGGCAAAGAGGUACAUGGGCUCAAAUAACAUCGGCCUGCCGCUCGAGAUUAUAACCGCAGGGACCGCGGGUGGCAUGGCAGGCGUCAUCACAACUCCCCUAGAUGUAGUCAAGACGCGCAUUCAGACGCAACACAACGGCCCACCUCCUGCGUCUCCAAUCGCGCCCAAAGCCUCGCUGUCGCCCGCCGCGGCCUCGAAACACUCCACCUCAUCGCAAACAGCCAAGCCACCAUCGACUCAAAGUCGACCCAUCUCCACAUCCUCCCCUUCCACAACACUAAAAGCCCACGGCGCCGCCACCCUCGAUACCUCGUCUGUCAUGACAGGCUUGAAGAUCAUAUACAGAACGGAAGGAAUUGCUGGGUGGUUCAGAGGCGUCGGACCGCGUGCGGUCUGGACAAGUGUACAGUCGGGAACCAUGUUGGUACUUUACCAAACGCUGUUGCGGUAUUUCGAGCAACAUCCCUUCGCGGGGUCUGAGGAUGUAUAA